GUCGUAUCGGUACUACCCGCAGGAUCAGCAGCUGCAUCUACUUUCCAUGCCGGAGCGACCGGCGCAGGAGCAGGUUCACAAACUGCGCCCCACGGCGCAGCUGUGGUUGGUUUCUCACUGGACGACGAUGAUGACGAUGAUGAAGAAGACAGCGAGACGGAAAACGAUUCGCGUUCGGAAUCCGCGGUAAGCUCCAGAACAUCCAAGACAACCUCCACUACAAACAAGAACAACCAAGGAAUAAAUGGUAAUGGAAAUGAAAGCUCGACGUCCACCUCCAAGGUCGUCGUGGAUACCGAUACCAAGAACAAUCCACCGAAUGGAGCGGUCGUUUCGAUUGUGCAAGUGCAGGUGCCCGGGUCACCGGUGAAAAGCAAGAGUCAUUUAUCGGCGUCGGCGGAAGUAGGCUCAGCUGGCUCAUCUAGUACGGGCAAAAGCGCCAGCUGCAAUGGUCCUCUACUACAGGACGUCGCAGGAGAUCAGCAUAGUCCUCGCGAUGCAUCUUCAUCAAAGACUGUUCAAAAUAACCUGAACCUCCUUCAACCUGUCAACUCCUCCGCGUCCAAUGCCUCCAGUUCCCGCCGUGGCAGUUUUUCCGAUCCUUCGAUUCUCAACGCCCCGAACCUCCCCGGUUUCAACCCAAACAACUUGACCAAUAUGAACUGCAAAAGUAUCGUACUCGUAUAAAUGCAUUACAAAUCUUCUCAGCAUGAGAAAUAAAAUUUGCAAUGCGGAUUUGACUUAGCGAAAAGAUUUGUAAUGCUUGAUUGGAAUACGAGUACGAUACUUUUGCACAGGAUAACCAACCACGGGGACCAAAACGCGAAUUUGCUCAUGAUGCCAAAUCAUCAAAUGUAAAAAUGUCUGGGUCUGGAAGAAUGCAACUUGUAAUGCGUAUUUCAGAACACAGAAAAGUCUCUCAUGCAUACGUAGCAAAAGCUGCCCACUUUCUGUCAGCAAAGUAGGGGACUUGUCAUGCGGAUUCGGCAUUGCGGAAGCUUCUCGAAACCUGUGAUGCUAGAGCUUCCAUGCCAGACCUUCUGUGUCAUGCAAAAACAGCAUGACUCUUCCAGACCCAGACAUUUUUACAUUUGAUACAAAUUCGAACAACAGCUCACAACUUUUGGGCGGCGCAAAUACCGCCGGAACGACUUUGCUAAACAACUCAGCGGCGAAUUCCAACAUCACAAAACGCGGGUCGUCCGCCCCCGUGGUUCCAGUUGCGUUGCGAUCACUCGUCCCCGGCGCCAGUCUCCAUCUAUGACAGUGCACAACUCGUCCCCCUCCCCCUCAUUUGUCAUGCAAAAUACCCAAUCCGCCCUUUGCCUCUUGGCACUGUUUGCAUGACAAGUUCUGGUAGCCCAAAUAGCACUACAAUUUGUCAUGCAAAAAUCGGCACUCUUGCUGAUGCUUGUAUUGCUGUUCAUGCUAUACAAAUGAGGGGGAGGGGGAGUUGUGCGCUGUCAUAACAUCCUGCUUUGUUGCAAAUGUCCACGGCCCGAGAACCGGUCAAGGAGGGCUGUAUGCAUUGCAAAACCAAAAGUAUCGUACUCGUAUAAAUGCACUACAAAUUUUCUCAGCAUGAGAAAUAGAAUUUGUAAUGCAGGUUUAUCCUAAGAAAAGGACUUGUAAUGCAUGACUGCAAUUACUACGAGUACGAUACUUUUGCACAGGAUAGGCUUUUCCGGAUCGCAAUUCCGUGUCUCCGUUGCGUCUUCGGUUUCCGACGGGGACAACGAGGGCGAUUCCGUCGCGUACACAAAAUCGAUCCAGUCGGGCAACUAUCCUGUGCAAAACUAUCGUAUUCGUAUUGCAGUCAUGCGUUACAGAUCUUCUUCUUAAGGUAAAUCCGGGCAUUACAAAUUUUAUUUCUCAUCAUGCUGAGGAAAUUUGUAAUGCAUUUAUACGAGAAGUGCGAUAUUACUUUUGCAGUUCAUAGCAACCACGGAAAGCGGAAAAUUGUGGGUGGUACUGGGAAUAGAGCCUGGCAAAAAGUCCCGUUCGGGCUGUCAGAGGUGUUGAACCCAGAUGCGGCUGGGAACGCGGGGGGUGGACGUGGCGGGUUGGUAUCGCAAGGAAAAAUCCCCCCUCCCCUUAUUGAAGAGGUAGGCUGUCCUCGAAAAUUUGUGUUGCUGAUUUGAGGUCACAAAUCACGUUUGUGCUGCAAGAAGACAAGGGCAGCAGCUUCCGUCCCAUUAUGGAGCCGGUUUGUCAUGCUGUUGCGCCAACAUUGCGGAAGCUUUUCAUGCUAAGCGCCUAAGUCAAAGCCUCUCUACUCCGGCUUGAUAUGGGUCUGCAGUCCUCUCCAGCAAGACAAACGCGAUUUGUGUACUCAAAUACUGCAUCACAGAUUUCGUUUUCGAUAUUUAUGGGGAGGGGGGAUUUUUCCUCUCAAUAGUUGGACUCCCGCAGCUUGAGUUCCACGUCCGGCCCUUCUCC